AUGUCCUCGUGUUUCACAGGGCUGUCACUCGGAACUUUGGAGGAUAUUUGUGCAACUGCUCGGGAAAUCUCCUUCAUCCUAAUUCACCAUCGGAAGCAGCUUCCCCUCAAUCCCACCAUUGUCAUCCUCGAUCUCAAUCGUAUUCCUCCCCAGAUCAGCGGUGAUCCGACUCCCUUACAGCAUCUAGCGCGAAACCCGAUUGCAAUUGCAGCUGUAAUCGACCGCAUAGCCCCUCCAACGAGCAUCUUUGCCACAUCGCAGCCACUAAUGCAGAUUGAGUUCUGGGCUGCAUAUGAGGGAGGCACCGGGGACAGCAAUAGCUCAUCUGGCUCACUCCUGAAGUGGGAAAUUCUCCCUUCCCAACACUAG